AUGAUCGGCUUAGAUAUUUUUGUCAAGCGUACAAAUUAUAUAAAACCGCUUAGAUAAUUUGAGAUAUCGGCUAUGUGGAAUCAAUGGCCUAUGGCCGCGGUGCCAAACGCGGCAAUGGCUGCACCACCGCCGCAGCCCUCAAUACCGCCACCACUGCCCGAUGCACCACCGCCUCCGCCGCCUGUAGACAAUACUCCAAUGGUUGGAGUUGCUGUUGCCUCUGCUGGUGUUACUGGUGGUGCGGCACCCGGCACUUAUAUGAGUGCGGGCGCACCCCAAUCCGGCAACAAUCCUUACGAACAAUACACGGCCGCCCAAUAUGCAGCGAUGACGCCGGUACAACAGUACGCGCUUCAGCAGCACUGGCAGCAGUGGCAAACCUACCAGCAUGAAUACGCCAAGUGGCAUGCCCAGUAUGGUGAGCAGUACAAGCGGGAAAUGGCCGCCGCUGCAGCUACUAAUACUGUGGCGCCACCACACGUCGCAGCGUCAGCAGGACCUAUUGCUGCACCACCGAUCACAUCAUCAGUGCCCCCCAUUGGGCCCGUUUAUCCGCCAGCUCAAAUUGGGCCACAGAUGGCGGUGCAGCCGACACAAGCACAGCCACAGCCAUACUAUCAACAGACACAGAUGCAGCAACUGCCACCGCAAAUGCAACCGCAGUCGCAGACGCAUUCCCAUACGCAGAUGCCUGGUAAAAUAAUGGCACAGCCGCAGAUGUACAAUCAGCCGCCACCGCCACCGCCGCAAGUCUACCAACAACAACAACAGAAACAACAACCCCUGCAACAACUGCACCACCAGCAACAACAGCCGCCAACGUCAAAUCAGUGGCAGCAACAGCCGCCGCCGGGCAGAUUCAACCAAAUGCCGCCCGUUAACUACAGUCAGCCGCCCAGUAGUGGUCGUUGUGAGUCUGGCAUGUUUCCCAAUUUACAGCAGCCACCACCUUCGUUUAUGCAACAGCCACCGCCAGCGACAUCAACAUCGUCCUUGUCAUCUGGUACUCUAACUGAUCCUCCAUGGGCAAAGGGAACAGCAAGCCGGGGCAAUGACAGAGGCAACACGAAGGAUGCGGAGGACCGUUCGCGAUGGGAUGGACCACCGCCAGAUGUGGGAUCAGCACGUAACAAUCGUUGGCAAGGCAAUGAGCCGGGCAACAACAACAACAGCAGCAAUAACAAUAAUAGUACCAAUAACAACCAAAGUGUCAAUAAGUCAAAUCAAUCUGGGAACAGACGCAGCUGGCCUGGUAACAACGCCAACAACAGUAACAGCAACAGUCGCACCAAUGCGUUCAACACAGGAUCAUCAGGUCACUUUGCCACCGAUGAUGGUGCUGGACCCAACUCUAGCAACUUUGACAGUGACAGUAACAGUGGCAACUUUGGUGGACCGAGUUCAGUGGGGGGCAGAGAUAAUACAAAUUAUGGCGGCAACUUUGGCAAUAAUGGUUCGGGUCAAGGUCCUACUGAUAAUUAUGGACCAGGUAACAAUAACAACCGCCGCAGCGGGCGUUGGGAACAAAAUCGAUCGAAUCAAAGCGGCGGAAAUUUUGGCCCACCACAGAAUAACAACAAUAGUUUCCAUGAUGCCGGCUACAAUCGCGUCCCAAAUCAAAGCAAUUACAGCCAGCAACAGCAGCAACAACAGCAGCAGCAGCAGGAGCUGAGCUUUGAUCGCCUGUUCAACCAGUGGGAGAAGCAGUUCGAGGAUUGGAAACGUGCCAACGCCAAUCAUCCAGAUCGCGAUGAAUACCGACGCUAUGAGGAAGAAUUUGAGAAGCAGCGACGUCGCAUUGCUGAGCGUCGAGAGCAAAUGCGACGCGGGCGUCAAAUGCAGAAUUCUCAACAACUACCACCAAACCAACAACAACAGCCAGGAGCCAUCGGCGGCGAUGGUCGCUAUGGCGACUAUGAGGAAGGCGAAGGCUAUUCAGAUGAGGAUAGUAAUAAGCAGACACAAAAUCACAGCAGGAACCAGGGCCCAGGUCAGAGACGUGUACAGAACCAGAGACAAGGCCAGAACGUGGAGGAGCAAAAUGAGGCGCCCAACGAGUCAGACGCAACUAAAUCCCACUACGAUUCGCCAAAAUCAGAUGCACAGCAGGAGCAACCACAACAGCAGACAAUGCCAUUAGCUAGCCAUGAGCAAAAUAUCCCAGCGAAGCCCGCAACUCAGCAGAAACAAUUGCGACCACAACAGCAACAACAAGAACAACCGAAAUUACAACAGAAGCCGCAAUUAAAUGCCCAAAAACCAGCGGCAGCCAACCAGCAACAGCAACAGCUGAACGUGGAUAAGAGUACAACUACAGCUACGGCUGUAACUUCCGCUUCACCUUCAACUUCAGCGUCAGAUCCCUCUCACGAAGCAGGUGCAGCUGCACCGGCAGGUACAGCUACUGAACUGGGCAAGCGUAAAAUUGAUGCUGUCAGAUCGACUCCACUGAAACAGAGCAAACAGGAGAAUAUCUUGAUAAUCUCAUUGGACGAUGACGACGAUGAGGUGGAUGAAGUGCAGCAGAAAGAGGACAACUAUGUGGAGUCUUCUAACGAUGCGCGCAUGAAAAAUAUAUUUAAAAAGAGCGAUGGCAUACCAGGACUCGAUUUGGUUGCCGAUGGCAGCACGGCUACUGCCGGAACUGGAUCCGCAGCUGCGUCCUCAGCAACAAUGCCAGCAAAUCAAAAUGCUGAUAAUAACAAGAAGAUACCAUCGCUGUUUGAUGUGGUCAUUGUCAAACCAGGCAUAUCGCCACAAGGUCAGCAAUUAGAAAAAGAGAAGCCGACAGGGACGACAGUCAAUGAAUCGCUGCCAGACACUGUUAGCAAUGUACUCAAAGAUCCCGAGUUCAUGAACAACUUGUCUCAGGCUCUGGCCCAGGCACAGGGUCGCGAACUGGAACAGCAACAGCAACAGCAGGAAUCCAAUGAGCGCUCUGAUCCCGCCAACAACAGCAACAAAAAUGAGGGCAAACACGGACGGGCGCUGUCCUUUGCCGAAUGGAAGAACAAUCAGAAGAAUAAUCAGAAAAAUAGCAAGCCAGAUGGGCAACAGAAUAAUAUGGCGGAUAAUGCGCCGGGCGGCUGUUUUGGUGGAGGACCAGCUGGCAAUGAUGCCGGAAAUCGCGGCGGUGGUUUUGGACCUGGCGGUGGUGGUGGUUUUGGUACCGAUCAAAGGCCACCACAUGGAUUCGGUUCCAAUGGCCCACCCUUCGGACCUAGCGGGGAUGGAGGUGGCCAGGUGAUGGGACCGAAUUUUAUUGAUUUUGGUGGUCCGUCGUGUGGCAACUUUCGACCGAAUGGUCCCAAUUUCGGUGGACCCAAUUUUAAUCAACAGGGGCCAGGAUCAUUUGGUGGCGGCCCUGGACCGAACGGGCCUUUUGGACGUAAUUUCGGUCCCGCCGGACCCAACAAUCCCAAUUUCAAUGGACCCGGUCCAAGCUAUGGUCAACAUUUCCGUGGCAACGGACCCGGUCAAGGUCCUGGCCCGGCCCAGUUUCGAUCAAACUUCUGCGGCCCAAAUGGACCCGGUCCUGGUCAAAACUUUGGAGGUCCUGGACCAUUCUGCGGACCCGGUGGACCAGGUGGACCAAAUGCAGCCGCACCAUUUAACCGCAACUUUGGACAAAACAAUCCCAAUGAACACAACUUUGGCCAAGGACCCAACAGUCCCAAUGAACGCAACUUUGGCCCAGGACCAGGAUCAGGACCCAAUAAUCCGAAUUUCAAUGGCUCCAAAAUGGGCAACAACAACAACAAUAAGAAUAACAAUUCGUUCAGCGAGAAUCCAUUCAAACGCAAAGUCGGACCCUCUGGCCCAAGCUAUGACGAUAAGCCGCGUGAUGGGCCUGGAUUUGGGCCACGCGGAAGAGGGCCGAUGAAUCAGUCAAAGAAAUUUGGGCAGGCGAGAAACAGUUUCGGCAACGCGGGAAACAACGACAACAGCAAUAGGCCAUGGCCUGAUAGCGCGGAGCACAUCAACCAUACCCAACGACCAAACGAUCCCGUCUAUCGACCCAUGCAAGUGUUCGACUAUCAGAAUAGCCGCAACACCAGCGCCAAGGUUAUCGACUAUGGUCACAAGUCCGCUGAUAACGCAGCCACUCGAGUUGGCAUCGGUGACCCAGGUCCAGGUCCAGGUCCAGAUCCAGGCUUAAGCCCAGGUGCAGGCCCAGGUGCUGACCCCGCCUCAGCGGUACCGGACUUUAGACCUGGUGUCAUCUUUGACUAUGGACAUGCCUCGCACAAUGCACAAGAAACGUCGGGCCCAACUGGACCAGGUGCUGGCUCAAUGAAUCGGAAUCCAAAUUCCAACAAUAAGAAGAAAAACAAAAAGAAGAAUAAAAAUCGUCAGCGCUUGUUGCAGCAACAGCAGCAACAGCAGCAACAAGAGCAGAACUUGACAACAUUGACCGGUAACGAGUGCACUGCCCCAGAGCAGGCUGCUGGCAAAACGGAUGAUCUCGAGGACAUAUCCGACGGCGAGGAUUCGUUGACGGAUGUGGCUCGAUUAGAAUCACCGCCGCCGCCUCCAAAGUUUCAUAAACAGCAACAGCCCCAGUCCCCGUUGCAGCAACAGACAGUCAAAGUAUUCCCCGCUAAUCCGAAGCGCCGUAUUUUGGGAGAUCCGCCCACGGCUCUGUUUCCCUCGACGGCAGCAGCCAAUGAACAGAUACCCGAACAGAUAGAUACGCGCCGUCUGGAAAUGAGCGUUCCCACGAAUGAGAAUCUCAAUACUAUAUCCAUUGAUGAGGUGCUGCUACCACCAGGUCGGAUAUCGCGUCCCAAGCGCAUUUGCAUUAUAUUACGCGGAGCGCCAGGCUGUGGGAAGUCGUAUGUGGCACGUCUGAUAAAGGAUAAGGAGUUGGAAAUGGGCGGAGCCAAUCCACGCAUACUUAGCAUCGAUGACUAUUUCAUCAUUGAAAACGACUAUGACGAAAAGUGCCCUAAGACUGGCAAAAAGAUACCGAAGAAGGAGAUACUCUAUGAGUAUGAUGAUGCCAUGGAGGAGACGUAUAUGCAGUACUUGAUAAAAUCGUUCAAGAAGACGCUUAGCGAUAAUCUCUAUGAUUUCAUUAUUGUCGAUUGCAACAACAACUCACUGCGCACUCUUAACGAGUUCUAUUGUCAUGCAAAAGAUUCGAAUUUUGUGCCCUACAUCAUUGACAUGCACUGCGAUGUGGAGACGUGCUUGGGACGCAAUAUCCAUCAGCGAAGCGAGGAGGACAUACGUUUUGUUCUGGAAAAUUGGUGUACAACGCCAUUGCACUACAUAAAACUUGAUGUGUCGUCGCUUCUCGAGAAUGUGGUUGAAAUGGAAGAUGUAGAGGACAUGGCAACGGAUGAUAAUGCAGACAGCGAGCAAGCUACUCCGGAUGAGGCAGUCACCGAUGCCGCUCCCGCCGCUGCCACCGACGACGACGACGACGACGAGGAUAGCAACAGUGCCGUUACGGCCAACGAUUGCGGCUUACUGAAAAGCAAGUGGGAAAACGACACCACGGAGGAAAAUCUGGCACGCCUCGAUGGCACGAAGCGUCUAAUGCAAAAGCGUAAGACAGCAAGCAUUGCUGACUACCUACAAUUGGACGAGUGGGAACCUCCCAGUGUCAGCGCCGAUGGAAAGAAACGCGUGCGUUGGGCGGACAUUGAGGAAAAGCGAGCACAGCAAAAGAUGCGUGCGAUUGGCUUUGUUGUUGGCCAAACUGAUUGGAAGCGCAUGAUGGAUCCCAAUUCGGGCAAUCGGGCGCUCAACAAGACAAAGUACAUUGAGCGCGUCAACAAACGGCGAUAGUCAAGAUCAUGUGAUCAAUUGGCAAAUGAUAGAUUGCAUGUCAGCACAUCUAAUUUGAGUUGUAUUUAAUAGUUCAUUGUAAAUUAUUCACUAGUUUGCUAACCGCCAUUAUGCACAGAAUUCUCACAUGCAUAUACUGUCUGACAAUUUUGGCAUUGGCGUGCAAAGCCAACAGUGUCAGGCAACAAACCAUUUCCAAAACAUUUUGUAUACAAUGUUCAAAACACAUUGCAUGCUCUUUGUUUAAGUGUGUAUUAUUAUUACGUAUACUUUACAUUAUAGUUAUUCUCAACUGCGCUUAUACACAAACUAUUUGAAUUAUUAUAUCAUUAUUUUUACGCUACAUUUGUAAUGCUGAUCAAAAAUAUAUAUACCUUGUCGGGUUGGAAACAAUUAUAAUACUCUCUAGGAUAUAACAACACAAAGAAGAAAUUAAGUAAAUUCCAGUAAAUGAUUUUCACUUAAGUACAUGAAUAUAAUUCAGACGUCAAAUCGUUGAUCCGAUCAAAUCAAUAUCAAAUGUCAACUCCGUUCACAAUAUUUGCUGUAAUGUAUUCUAUUCAGGACUUUUUAUUUACAAUGUUUGCUCACUGUUAAGCUUCAAUCUUUAAUAUUUAAAUACAUAAAUUAAGCAAUAGCUGAAAUUUAUAUGCAUU